AUCUUAAUCUUGUAUUCAGAACAUGAAUAUUUUAAACAGUCUUCAAAAUUGACGAUAUACGGAAGGCUAGGUGAAUUACGUCAUGCAUUGCGUCGCACGGUUGUUAGUCCACAUUACGCAUGCGCAUCGUGAGGUCAACAAAUUAGUUUAGAAGGAAGAAUGAAUUACAAAGUUCCACAAGUAAUCUUUCAUGAAUGACUAUUUUACCGCAUCAGACAGCACGGGAAGUACUGCAGGACGCCGCUCAGGAUAUCCAUAUCAUCUUUGAACCAAUUGGAGGAAAAAGCUUCAAGACUUAUUAGUGCUUUGAUGCUUUCAGGAGUUAGAGGGAGAUGAGACGAAGCGGUAAACUUGAUUGACUGGCAAAGUUUUGGUUUUUGUACUUACAAUUAUGGAUUGUAAAGAACUUAGCGAGAUUCUUGAGUGUUCAGUAUGUUUAGAGAGACUUGACCAUACAUCUAAAGUUCUUCCUUGCCAACAUACAUUCUGCAAAAGAUGCCUGGAAGAAAUCCAAUCUAUGCGUAAAGAAUUGCGUUGUCCCGAGUGUAGAAUUCUAGUCGAAGACGACAUAGACAAUUUGCCGGCGAACAUUAUUCUUGUAAGGAUUUUAGAAGGACUGAACAGAAGAAAUCCGAACCCGUCCGAGCGGACAUCGAUAACCAAGCAGAAGAUUCCCAAGGAACCUUGUGCUAAAGUAUUAUUUGAUUAUGAACCCAAGGAGCAAGGUGACUUACCUUUAAGUAAAGGGGAUAUCGUUAUUCUUGUUCGUCAAGUGGAUGAGAAUUGGUACGAAGGUCAAAUCAAAGGCUCUCAAGGAUUUCUUCCUGCCAACUAUGUUGAUGUUAUCAACCCAUUGCCAUGCUUAGAUGAUAGUUAUGAUGACCCAGUAGCAAAAGCCCUCUAUGACUUUGAUGAGGUACAAGAAGAUGAUGUAUUGUCAUUCAAACAGGGUGAUAUUAUAUCAGUUACUCGCCGCAUUGAUGAAAAUUGGUGUGAAGGAAGAAUUGAAAGCAAGUGUGGGAUAUUUCCUGUGAAUUUUGUAGUGUUUAAUUCAGUGGCUAAAGCUAUCAUAGAAAGCUUGGAAUUUUCUAACAGCUCUGGAGAGGAAGCGUCUCCAUUGCCGCCAAGACCUGUCCCUAAAUCUAAAACGUCUUCACGUGAACCAAAAAGACAUACUAUUCAUGGCUUAGAAGAACACGAAGAGACUAACAUUUCACGUGUACCUAGUCGUCAUUCUGUGGAGAUUUCAUCGUCAGAAAGACUAGAAGAAGCAUAUGGUGAUUCAUCGACAAGUAGGGCCACUAGAGAGACAAGGCCAAGAGUAGGCAAUAACAGGCCAGGAAACCAUCCAAUGGGAGAGGAUCUUAUUAACUUUUCUGAGCCAAGACCAACAACAAGUAAUGUAUCACCUGUGUCAGUACGUUUACCAAACAGCAGUGAACAAAGUGCAUCGUCUCCUACUAGUGACUCUAAUGAUCGACCAAACUCUGCAGAUAUUGGAAAAGAAUUAUAUACUGCAUUGUACAACUAUCGACCGAUUAAAGAAGACGAAUUAGAACUGAAAACAGGAGAAAGUUAUUGCGUGACAGAAAAAUGUAAAGAUGGUUGGUUUAAGGGCUUUUCCAUGUCAACACAAAAACGUGGGGUUUUCCCUGGGAAUUAUGUUCGAUUGGCAAGUAUUCAUAACCUUUUGAAAAGUUCGCGCUCAUCCAGUACCAGUCAAGCUCCUAUCCCCAGUCCACGACAAUAUUCACGGCCAUUCACCAACUCUACUUCUACCACUACUACUGCCAUAGCGAGGCCUCGAUAUCAUCGAUCAGAGUCAGCCCCAGACUUCAAUCAUAGACGUAAUGCUGAGGGCUUAUUAACCCAGGGAACACACGAAAGUAGACAUGGAGUACAGAAUAAUGGUAUAGUAAGACCAUUGCUUCCUCCUCCACCUGACUCAAAAACGGGUGGAUUCUGGAAGAAACUGAAAACAAAGAAGAAAGAGAGAGCACGUCCUCCCCCUCCCCCUCCCUAUACAUGGGAUGUUCCAAGCGGUCAUAGCCAAGUUAAUUUACCAAAUAAUAGACCAAUACCAGCUGCCCCACCCCCUCCCUACUCAAGUCAGGCUAUACCCUCACGGCAGGCUUCUGCUGGUCAGAGACCACGUCAUCAAAGACAAGAAACUGUUCCUGUUUGGGAAAGGUUUCGUGCAAUAAUACCAUAUCCACCCCAGAGCGAUGCAGAACUAGAGUUACGGGUCGGUGAUAUUAUAUAUGUCAGCAAGAAAAGACAAGAUGGCUGGUACAAAGGAACCUUAGAACGCAAUGGAAAGACAGGUCUCUUCCCUGGCUGCUUCUCAGAAAAAUUCUAAACUAAUUCAUAUUUUUAUGGUGCGUGACAGUCACGCAAGGGCGUUGUGCGACUGGUUAUGCAACAAACAAAGCAAAGCAUAUUCGGAAUAAAUGGGAAUUAUUUGGGAGCAAAAAUGUCGGGUUGGAUAAGAUAGUCAAGUGUUUAAAGUUGUCAAAAAUGAUAAUGAUGAAAAUAGGAGUUUUACAAGGUAUUUCAAUAAUUAAUUCUAUUGAGUGAUGGUCGUUUGUAAACUUUUGAAAUCGAGUUAUAAGUACGAUUUUCAAUCUUGUGAACGAAUACCCGGUGGUCUCGUGAAUCUGUGUGCAAGAAAAUCUCCAUGAAGGUCCUUUUUUGAUACCAUCACACCUACGCAUUUACGAGAACUGUCGUACAGAAAUCCUAAAAAAAAACUAGCUAAAAUGAGUAUUAAUUGUAACAAAAGUAAACCAAAUGUUUUAGACUCCGACCACAAAAAGAGUAUUUUCAUAAACAUAUAUUUUGUAAUGAAAUAAUUACCAUUUGAAUCCAUGACUUUUUAUUAAUCUUGAACAUUUGUACAUUCCAAAUCUAUAAUAAAUAUCUCUACAGUAA